CCAGAAGCGAGAAAGUGACCGUUACUUCUGUUGCACUCUGUGAAGUGUGAAGUUACCAAAUGCGAACGAGAUUAGCGCGCAUUUUGGUCAGCACAGAGUAGCUUAUGGCUUUGAGACUUGUCCACUCCUCUAUCUUCUCUAGCUUUACUCGUCCAUUCAGUGAUGCCCAACACAACCAACCAUCGUCUAUUUGUUUACAGAUUGUUGUCGCUUUUGCAGGAAUUGUCAAACAGCCUUAUCAAGGUCAAGUCCAUCCACACCCAGAUUAUCACCAAUUCUAUAUCCAACGACCAAAUUUUGGCUACAAAACUUAUUAAGGCUUAUUGUGAUUUGGGUCACAUGGGCAAUGCCCGUCAUGUGUUUGAUCAAUUUUCUGAGCCAAAAAUCAUUCUAUGCAAUGCCAUGGUUGGUGGGUAUGUAAGAAAUGAGCGGUACAAUGAGACCCUUGAGUUGUUUAAAAUGAUGGGGUCUUGCAAUUUGGAAAUUGAUAGUUAUACGUGUAAUUUUGCACUCAGAGCAUGCAUGGGCUUGUUAGAUUAUGAAAUGGGUAGGGAAGUAAUUAGGACAGCAGUGGAAAAUGGGGUUGAAAAGAAUCGGUUUUUGGGGAGUUCGAUGAUAAAUUUCUUGGUGAAAUUUGGUAGUAUUGAUGAAGCGCGAAAGAUCUUUGAUGCAACGCCGGAACUGGAUGUUGUUUGUUGGAAUUCUAUGAUAGGUGGGUAUGUGCAGGCAUGCCAUCUUAAUGAGGCUUUUGAUUUGUUUUUUGAUAUGCGUCGUUGGGGGACUAGGCCAAGUCCCGUAACUAUUGCAUGCUUAAUUCAAGCUUGUACAGAAAAGAAGAAUUUGAAACUUGGAAAAUGUGUUCAUGGGUGUGUAUUUGGAUUAGGAAUGGGUGAUGAUGUUCUAGUAGUUACCUCAUUGGUUGACAUGUAUAGUAAGAUGGGUUAUGUUGGAAGUGCUCAAUCAGCUUUUGUUAGCAUGCCCACGAGAAAUUUGGUUUCAUGGAAUGCUAUGAUGUCUGGGUUUGUUCAAAAUGGUUUGGUGCGAGAAGCUCUUGACCUCUUUCAUAGGUUGAUAUCUAGUGGUGUCGGGUUUGAUUCAGGAACCAUGAUUAGCCUCCUUCAGGGUUGUGCUCAAACAGCUGAUUUAGAUGGUGGAAAAAUCCUCCAUGGUUGUAUGUAUAGAAAGGGUCUCAAUUUGAAUUUCAUUUUGUCUACUGCAAUUGUUGAUCUGUAUUCCAAAUGUGGUGCUUUGAAGCAGGCGUCCUUUGUAUUUGACAGAAUGAAGAAUAGGAAUGUGAUUACUUGGACUGCCAUGCUAGUAGGGUUAGCACAGAAUGGACAUGCCGAAGAUGCCCUGAAAUUAUUUAGUCAGAUGCAAGAAGAGGGAGUUGCAGCCAAUUCUGUCACUCUUGUUAGUUUAAUCCAUUCUUGUGCCCACCUGGGCUCUUUGAAGAAAGGAAGAAGUGUCCAUACUUGUUUACUUCGCCGUGGCUUUGCAUUUGAUGUAGUUAACAUGACAGCCCUGAUUGAUAUGUAUGCCAAGUGUGGAAAGAUAAAUUCUGCAGAGAGGGUAUUUGGCAGUGGUUCUGUUUGUAGAGAUGUUAUUUUAUGGAACUCAAUGAUAACAGGCUAUGGGAUGCAUGGCCAUGGGCAUGAAGCUGUUGUUGUCUAUAGAAAAAUGAUAGAGGAGGGACUCAAACCAAAUCAAACCACCUUUGUGGCUCUUCUAACUGCUUGUAGUCACUCGGGGCUUGUGGAAGACGGUAUUACUUUGUUUCACAGAAUGGAGAGAGACCAUAACAUUAGUCCCACUGAGAAGCACUAUGCUUGUGUUGUGGAUCUUCUUAGCCGGGCAGGCCGUCUUGAGGAAGCUGGGGCUUUUGUCAAACAAAUGCCUUUUGAACCAGGCAGCGCUGUGCUUGAAGCCUUGCUGAGCGGAUGUCGAACUCACAAAAACAUUGAUAUGGGUAUACAAACUGCAGAUAGAUUGCUUCAUAUAGAUUCCAUGAAUCCUGGAAUUUAUGUUGUGUUAUCAAACAUAUAUGCUGAAGCAAGGAGAUGGGAUACAGUGAAUUACAUUCGAGGCCUCAUGAGGACAAGGGGGCUGAAAAAAACACCCGGCUAUAGUUUGAUUGAAGUGGGAAACCAGGUGUAUACAUUUUUUGCUGGAGAUUAUUUUCAUCCAAAUUGGGCAGAUGUUUAUCAGUUUUUGGAAAGUUUGAGGAUAGAGGUGGAGGCCUCUGGUUAUGUGGCAGAUACCAGUUGUGUUCUGCGUGAUGUAGACGAGGCAAUGAAGGUGAAGUUGCUUUGGGGCCACAGCGAGAGAAUAGCUAUUGCAUUUGGUCUUUUAAACACACCAGCUGGGAGCUUGAUUAGGAUCACCAAGAAUCUACGUGUUUGUAUUGACUGUCACGUUGUGACCAAAUAUAUAUCGAAGAUUGUUAAGAGGGAAAUUGUUGUAAGAGAUGCCAAUCGUUUCCAUCACUUUGUUGAUGGCAAAUGCUCUUGUAGUGACUACUGGUGAUGAGGACAUAUUAAUCUUUAGAGGCUACAAAUUCCUUACUUGUU